AUGUCGGAGGCCACAGCUUCCCCUAUCCAGGCUCGCCUUGCGAACGUGCGAUACGCUGAAAAAGAAUACUGGAAUAGCAGAUACAUAUCGCAGCCCUGCGAAUUUGACUGGUUCUACGGCUACACCGCGCUACGCAAGGUUGUUCGAACCUUCGUAAAGCGCACCAAGUCCGUGCUCCAUGUCGGCUGCGGCAAUAGCAAUUUCCAGGAGGGCAUGGCCAAGGACGGGUAUAACGUCAUAAAUACCGAUAUUUCUGAAGUGGUCAUUGAACAAAUGCGUUCCAAGCAUGCGAACGUUCCCAAUCUCCAUUACGUGGUUUCGGAUUGUCGCAAUAUGUCCGAGUUCCUGGAUUGCCAGUUUGGCAGCGUCAUUGAUAAGGGUACUGUGGACGCGCUGCUCUGCAGUAAGGAUGCCGCGGAGAACAUCCGGAGCAUGUUCCGGGAGGUUUCCCGGGUGCUGGUGCCCGGGGGCGUCUUCCUCCUCAUCACGCUGGGAGGUCCGGAUCAGCGAUUGAGCCUGGUAAACCGACCCGAGUACGACUGGACCGUACAGGUAGUUGGCUGUGUUUUGAUGCAGGUGGUUGGAGGUGUAUGUGUUUGGGGGCCGCGGUGA